CUUUUCAGUUGAGGACAGAACACAAGUGGGGGCUGGCGACUGGAACAUGUCAGGUGGUUCCACGGACUAUAGCAGAGACCAUGGCGGCCCAGAGGGAAUGGACCCUGAUGGUAUCAUUGAGAGCAAUUGGAAUGAAAUUGUUGACAAUUUUGAUGAUAUGAAUUUAAAAGAAUCCCUUCUCAGGGGUAUUUAUGCUUAUGGUUUUGAGAAGCCUUCAGCUAUUCAACAGAGAGCUAUUAUUCCAUGUAUCAAAGGGUAUGAUGUGAUUGCUCAAGCUCAGUCAGGUACUGGCAAGACAGCCACAUUUGCUAUUUCCAUCCUGCAGCAAUUGGAGAUUGAUCUCAAGGAGACCCAAGCACUAGUAUUGGCCCCUACCAGAGAACUGGCUCAACAGAUACAAAAGGUAAUCUUGGCUCUUGGAGACUAUAUGGGUGCAACUUGCCAUGCUUGUAUUGGUGGCACGAAUGUUCGUAAUGAGAUGCAGAAGCUUCAGGCUGAGGCUCCACACAUUGUGGUUGGAACUCCAGGUCGGGUGUUUGAUAUGUUAAACAGACGAUAUCUUUCACCUAAAUGGAUCAAGAUGUUUGUUUUGGAUGAAGCAGAUGAAAUGUUGAGCCGUGGAUUUAAAGAUCAAAUUUAUGAAAUUUUUCAAAAGUUAAGCACAAAUAUUCAGGUUGUAUUGCUGUCAGCCACAAUGCCAAUGGAUGUGUUGGAAGUGACCAAAAAGUUCAUGAGAGAUCCUAUACGUAUUCUGGUGAAGAAAGAAGAAUUGACCCUUGAGGGUAUCAAACAAUUCUAUAUUAAUGUUGAAAGAGAGGAAUGGAAGCUGGAUACUCUCUGUGACUUGUAUGAGACACUGACCAUUACACAGGCUGUUAUUUUCCUGAAUACAAGGAGAAAAGUGGAUUGGCUUACAGAGAAAAUGCAUGCGAGGGACUUCACGGUCUCUGCUCUGCAUGGUGACAUGGACCAGAAGGAACGAGAUGUUAUCAUGAGAGAGUUUAGAUCAGGAUCAAGCCGUGUCUUGAUUACUACUGAUUUGUUGGCUCGUGGCAUUGAUGUGCAACAGGUUUCGUUGGUUAUAAAUUACGACCUGCCGACCAAUCGUGAAAACUACAUUCACAGGAGUCGAUAGCAGCAGUUGAUGACACAAGAUGGUGCUCAGAAACGGCGUUGACCUAAUUUAGGACGUGGAUUCGUAAGCGGCACACUGUUUGAAUAAAGAGCGAGUUGGUAUUUAUAUAUUUGUUUUUUCUUUUGUCAUGAUUAUUCGCUUUGUUUUGUCAUGUAUUUUAGCUCUUACAGAAAAGGUUUCACAUUGUCCAGUUUUCCAUGAAGGAAGGCAGAACUGUGUUGGUGGGCUGUCAACUCAUUAAAACUAAUGUGGUGGUGUAAUCUGUCUCUUACCUAAAACUUAUACAAAAGCAGUGAUUUUUAGCUUUAUAUUGAAUCUUGUCUUGGGUUUCCUUGUCAAACUGAUAAGUUUUCCCACUGAAAACAACAUCUUAAAUACUAAAAAUUUGAUGUUUUCACAAUGAAAUAGUAACAUUUACUGUUCUGCAUUACAGAAUGUAAUUGGAGUACAUCUGUUGCUGACUUAAAUAUUUAUUUUAGCAUUCUUGAACAUUUACCUGUGCGCUAGGCUGACCAAGCUCUGCCCAUGCUUGGGAAAUGGAUGAGGGUGGCUGGAUGUGUAAGUCUCAUUGCUAGCCAUUCUCAAAAGAUGCAAGAGUGGGAGGGUUGAAAUGAUUUUGCACUUCAUAUCACAACACCAAAAAGAGCUACACUGAAAUUAUUUUGCAGUCAAAACAGUAAUCUUUUUCUCCACUGCUCUCCAUAGGUUGGAUAUUUCUUAAGGUUGGCACUAACAGCUAAUUUUUCUUGUCAAAAUACCACUUUGACUAGCACCUAGUACUGUAAAUAAGGAUAAACUGGCCUUUGGCAGAUAAGGCCAGAAGGGACCAUUGUGAUCAUCUAGUCUGAUGUCCUGUAUAAUACUGGCCAUAAAAUGUCUCACCCUCCUCUAGGAAUUUGAACCUUUUAGAAAAACAUGUUUAAAUGUCUUCUAUUCUGUAUGCAGAAUUGGACGAGGUGGUCGUUUUGGCAGGAAAGGUGUGGCUAUAAACUUUGUUACCGAAGAGGACAAAAGAAUUCUUCGGGAUAUUGAGACU